AUGUUGGCUGAAGAUUUCGAUCUCUACCUCUCUGGAGGACAAUCAACAAUGUUCUUCAUAUGUCAUUUAAUGGCCAUUAUUCCUCCUGUCAUACUGUACACGUGGACGAUAACUAUACUUGUGAAACGACGUCGUUUAAUGACAGCGAGCAAAACCCUCACGCGCACUCUGAAUAGCCGGGUUGAAAGCAGGCUUCUCUUGCCGUGCAUCAUCAAUAUGGCGGUGUUCAUAGUCGGUCAGGUGGUGAUCACUAUUGGAACGGGUGAAGGGAAAUGGGCAGGAUUUACUGUGAUGCUCGUGUUUUGCAGUAAUUCAGCACUUAAUCCUAUACUGCUCCUUGUUUGCUCAAAAUCCAUCAGAAGGCAUGUGCAGAAAGCUGUUGGAUACAAGAAUCUAGGGUUUACUUCGGAAAUGUUCACAUCAACAAUUUACCAGUAUGCCACUAAUUUCAAUCUCAAAAACCCGUUGGCUGUCCGAAGCAAAACGAACAUACUGAUACCCAGUCCAGCGAUGAGCGCUCAGAUUCAAAUCUGUUUGAGCCCGACAAGUUCCGAAUCUUCCACACACGUGUAG